CACAAAUCAAGCUCUUAUAACAGCAAUUUUGUUUCACUUCAAUAUAAAUUGCAACCACAAUUUUGGAGAAUAUAUAUUAGGCUGCUGCUGUGAAAUUAAACUAAAAUGCCUGAGGCAUCUGCUUCCAGGGAAAUCGCAGGCAUGAACAAAGAUGGAAAGAACCCCGAAUACACCCAAAAUCUGCGUCUAUACAGGGCUGUGGAUGCUGGCGAUUUUGAAACUACAGUGAAUUACCUUGAUGCCAAUCCAACUGCGCUAACCGCCAGCCUUUCAGCGGACGGUGACACAGCUCUUCACAUUGCGGUGCUAGCAGGCCGAGUAAAGAUUGUUGAAGAGCUAGUGAAAAGGAUCAGCGCAGAAGACUUGGGAAUCAAUAACAAGAAUGGUGCCACAGCCCUUAAUUUUGCAGCCACCGGUGGAAUCACAAAGAUUGCUGAGUAUUUAGUGAAGAAGAGCUCGGAAUUGCUUCGCAUUCCGAACAAGCACGGCUACAUACCAGUGGUUGUGGCGUCUCUCUAUGGCCAUCGAGACAUGGUUCGAUAUCUUUACUAUGAAACUCCCAUGGAGGAGCUCAACCCGGACAAGAGCAAGAACGGUGUUAUGCUUCUCACAACAUGCAUUGUUGACGACCUCUACGAUAUUGCUCUGGAUCUGUUGCAACGCUACCGGCAACUGGCUUUUGAGCAAGAUAACGACGGCGACACGGCCAUUGAUAUGUUGGCUCAAAAACCUUCUGCAUUUCCAAGUGGAAGUCAGCUUACACUAUGGCAAAAAUGGAUUUAUCCAUGUAUUUAUAUUCCUCCUCUUCAUGUCUCAAACAACAACCGCGAAGACAUUGAAAGGCCGCAUCAUGAGUGCCCAGCUGAGCACAAGAAUGUGAUCACACGAGCAUUGUAUCACUUUCGGGAUAUGGUGUGGAAAAGCUUGAAAAUAUUUGUUCCAGCUAUCAUGUCCCUAUAUGAGUUAAAGUUGACUCAUGUUCAAGCUCAAGAGCUCCUUAGCUGUAUUUGUGAAGAACUAUCAUAUGAGGGAGAGUCACAAUUUGAGAAAGUUGGAAUAAAGAAGGUGAUAUUCAAAGCUGUUAAGCAUGGAAUUGUUGAGUUCAUCGUAGAGAUUAUGAAGCAUUACCCUGAUAUUAUAUGGUGCUAUGAUGAACUCAAUCGCCAUAUAUUUUUAUAUGCAACUUUGCAACGCCAAGAAAAAAUUUUCAGCCUUAUUUACACCAUUGGUGCAAAGAAGAGCUCCGUGGCAACCUCUUGGGACAAAAACCACAACAACAUUUUGCAUCAAGCUGCAUAUUUAGCUCCAUCUUCUCAGCUCGAUCGGGUCUCAGGUGCAGCUCUGCAAAUGCAAAGAGAACUACAAUGGUUCAAGGAGGUGGAGAGCAUUGUGCAACCUAAAUAUAAGGAAAUGAUUAAUAUGCAACACAGAACGCCUCGAGCUUUAUUUACUGAGCAGCACAGGAAAUUAGUAGAAGAAGGAGAGAAAUGGAUGAAGGAGACGGCUAAUUCAUGCACAGUGGUGGCUGCACUUAUCGCCACCAUUAUGUUUUCAGUGGCAUUCACUGUCCCUGGUGGUUAUAAUGAAUACAGUGGCAUUCCUCUCUAUAUAAACCGCAAUUCCUUCAUGGUUUUCAUCGUCGCCGAUGCCAUGUCAUUGUUCUCUUCCUGCACUACGUUGCUUAUGUUCUUGGGAAUCCUCACUUCGCGAUAUCGUGAAGAAGAUUUCCUCAAGUACUUGCCGACUAAAUUGAUCAUCGGUCUCUCUUCUCUCUUCUUCUCUAUAGCGACAAUGAUGAUAACUUUCGGAACAACUCUUGUGAUUAUGCUUCGAGAUCGAGUAUGGUGGGUGUCCUUUCCAAUUAUCUUGCUUGCUAGUAUUCCUGUCACCAUUUUUGCUCUCCUGCAAUUCCCUCUUCUGGUUGAGAUUUUUUUCUCAACUUAUGGACCUGGCAUCUUUAAGAAGCCGAAGAAAUGGUGGUUGAUUGGAAUGGAGUAGAUACUUUAUAACUCUAUAAAACUUUAAUCUCAAUUAGUUCAGACUGUCAUGGCUUGCUUUAUUUAAGUAUGUGAGAAAUGUAGGCAUUCCAUUUUCUGAUUGGUAUCUCAUUGCUUUUUCUUGUAUGUUGUGUGAAGGAAACAUUAUACAUAAUUGUGAUGAUUAAUUACUUGAACAUUUUUUAAUUUGCUUAUAAAUAGUUUAUUUCAGUAG